CCAGGCGCCCUACCUGCCGCGGGCCGCGCUCACCUGUGCCUGCCACAGCCCGACUCACCUGGCCAAGCCGAGGAGCAGUCGCCGGGCCGCGCCUCGCUGGGACUGCGAUGUGCCGGCCCUAGCUGCUGUCUGAGAGGAUGUCUGGGGUGUCCGAGCCCCUGAGCCGAGUAAAGGUGGGCACGUUACGCCGGCCCGAAGGUCCCCCGGAGCCCAUGGUGGUGGUACCGGUGGACGUGGAAAAGGAAGACGUGCGCAUCCUUAAGAUCUGCUUCUACAGCAACAGCUUCAAUCCCGGGAAGAACUUCAAACUGGUCAAAUGCACGGUGCACACGGAGAUCCGGGAGAUCAUCACCUCCAUCCUGCUGAGCGGCCGCAUUGGGCCCAACAUCCAGCUGGCCGAGUGCUACGGGCUGAGGCUGAAGCACAUGAAGUCGGACGAGAUCCACUGGCUGCACCCGCAGAUGACGGUGGGCGAGGUGCAGGACAAGUAUGAGUGUCUCCACGUGGAAGCCGAGUGGAGGUACGACCUUCAGAUCCGCUACUUGCCGGAAGACUUCAUGGAGAGCUUGAAGAAAGACAGGACCACGCUGCUUUACUUUUACCAACAGCUCCGGAACGACUACAUGCAGCGCUACGCCAGCAAGGUCAGCGAGGGCAUGGCCCUGCAGCUGGGCUGUCUGGAGCUCAGGCGGUUCUUCAAGGACAUGCCCCACAACGCGCUGGACAAGAAGUCCAACUUCGAGCUCCUGGAAAAGGAAGUGGGGCUGGACUUGUUUUUCCCAAAGCAGAUGCAGGAGAACUUAAAGCCCAAGCAGCUCCGCAAGAUGAUCCAGCAGACGUUCCAGCAGUACGCCUCGCUCCGGGAGGAGGAGUGCGUCAUGAAGUUCUUCAACACGCUCGCCGGCUUUGCCAACAUCGACCAGGAGACCUAUCGCUGUGAACUCAUUCAAGGAUGGAAUAUCACUGUGGACCUGGUCAUCGGCCCUAAAGGCAUCCGCCAGCUGACCAGUCAAGACGCAAAGCCCACCUGCCUGGCCGAGUUCAGGCACAUCAAGUCCAUCCGGUGCCUCCCGCUGGAGGAGGGCCAGGCGGUGCUGCAGCUGGGCAUCGAGGGCGCCCCCCAGGCUUUGUCCAUCAAAACCUCGUCCCCUGCGGAGGCUGAGAACAUGGCCGACCUCAUAGACGGCUACUGCCGGCUGCAGGGGGAGCAUGGAGGCUCUCUUAUCAUCCACCCCAGGAAAGACGGUGAGAAGCGGAGCAGCCUGCCCCAGAUCCCCAUGCUAACCCUGGAGGCCCGGCGGUCCCACCUCUCAGAGAGCUGCAGCAUCGAGUCAGACAUCUACGCAGAGAUUCCCGACGAGACCCUGCGAAGGUCCGGAGGCCCACAGUAUGGCGUCGCCCGGGAAGACGUGGUUCUGAAUCGUAUCCUCGGGGAAGGCUUUUUUGGGGAGGUCUAUGAAGGUGUCUACACGAAUCACAAAGGGGAGAAAACCAACGUGGCCGUCAAGACCUGCAAGAAGGACUGCACCCUGGACAACAAGGAGAAGUUCAUGAGCGAGGCAGUGAUCAUGAAGAACCUCGACCACCCACACAUCGUGAAGCUGAUCGGCAUCAUCGAAGAGGAGCCCACCUGGAUCAUCAUGGAGCUGUACUCCUACGGGGAGCUGGGCCACUACCUGGAGCGAAACAAGAGCUCCCUGAAGGUGCUCACCCUGGUCCUGUACGCGCUGCAGAUAUGCAAGGCCAUGGCCUACCUGGAGAGCAUCAACUGCGUGCACAGGGACAUCGCUGUCCGGAACAUCCUGGUGGCCUCCCCUGAGUGUGUGAAGCUGGGGGACUUUGGCCUUUCCCGGUACAUUGAGGACGAGGAAUAUUACAAAGCCUCUGUGACUCGUCUCCCCAUCAAAUGGAUGUCCCCAGAGUCUAUCAACUUCCGCCGCUUCACGACGGCCAGCGACGUCUGGAUGUUUGCCGUGUGCGUGUGGGAGAUCCUGAGCUUUGGGAAGCAGCCUUUCUUCUGGCUGGAGAACAAGGACGUCAUCGGGGUGCUCGAGAAAGGGGACCGGCUGCCCAAGCCCGACCUCUGCCCGCCUGUGCUGUACACCCUCAUGACCCGCUGCUGGGACUACGACCCCAGCGACCGGCCCCGCUUCACGGAGCUCGUGUGCAGCCUCAGUGACAUCUAUCAGAUGGAAAAGGACAUUGCCAUAGAGCAAGAGAGGAAUGCUCGCUACCGACCCCCCAAAAUCUUGGAGCCUGCAGCCUUCCAGGAACCCCCACCCAAGCCCAGCCGGCCCAAGUACAGACCCCCGCCGCAAACCAACCUUCUGGCUCCCAAGCUGCAGUUCCAGGAGGAGGACUUCAUCCGGCCCAGCAGCCGAGAGGAGGCCCAGCAGCUGUGGGAGGCCGAGAAGAUCAAGAUGCGGCAGAUCCUGGACAAGCAGCAGAAGCAGAUGGUGCUGGAUUACCAGUGGCUGCGGGAGGAGGAGAAGUCCCUGGACCCCAUGGUUUACAUGAACGACAAGUCCCCAUUGACCCCGGAGAAGGAGGUCGGCUACAUGGAGUUCACGGGGCCCCCGCAGAAGCCGCCGCGGCUGGGUGCGCAGUCCAUCCAGCCCACGGCCAACCUGGACCGGACCGACGACCAGGUGUACCUCAACGUCAUGGAGCUGGUGCGGGCCGUGCUGGACCUCAAGAACGAGCUCUGUCAGCUGCCCCCCGAGGGCUACGUCGUGGUGGUGAAGAACGUGGGGCUGACCCUGCGGAAGCUCAUCGGGAGCGUGGACGACCUCCUGCCCUCCUUGCCAUCGUCUUCACGGACAGAGAUCGAGGGGACCCAGAAGCUGCUCAACAAAGACCUGGCGGAGCUCAUCAACAAGAUGCGGCUGGCGCAGCAGAACGCGGUGACCUCCCUGAGCGAGGAGUGCAAGCGGCAGAUGCUCACGGCCUCCCACGCCCUGGCCGUGGACGCCAAGAACCUGCUCGACGCCGUGGACCAGGCCAAGGUCCUGGCCAACCUGGCCCACCCACCUGCAGAGUGACUGAGCACGGGGGCUGCCUGCGACUCCCACCCCCACCUGUCGUGUACCUUCCC